CGCUGCCAGCGCCGCCAUGCCUUCUAAAAUGGCGGCGUCCAUGUGUCUCGUCUCAUAACAUCAGCGAUUGACGGAACGCUGUGGUACGAUGACAGAUUUUCAAGAAGAGCAGAGGAACGAGAUAGAGGCGUUAGAAUCCAUAUACCCUAGUGAACUCGAGAUUUUGGAGACAGAACCGUACCAUGCAUUCACGAUCGACGUCAAAGCUGACGCCGGUGAUCAGCCCGAAGGCGAACAAAUGUCGGUGAAGUUGAAGUUUACCUACGUACCUGCCUACCCUGAGGAAGGCCCAUUGAUUGAGGCAGCCGAAUAUGAGAACAUCGAAGAGGAGGACGUCGAGGCGUUGAUGACGGCACUUAAAGAGCAGGUCCAAGAAAACCUUGGCAUGGUCAUGAUUUUCACUCUUGUCUCGGCUGCCACCGAGUGGCUGAAUCAGCACACAGAGAGCGUCAAGUUCAACAAGAACGAAGCACUGAGACUGCAGAAAGAAAAGGAAGAGGAAGCAGAGAGGGUUAAGUUUGAAGGCACCAGAGUUACUGUGGAGAGCUUCCUGGCAUGGAAGAGCAAAUUCGAUGCAGAGAUGGCAGAGAUUAGGAACAGGGACAAGACACUGAACGCAUCCGGGAAACUCACGGGGAGAGAACUCUUCGAGAAAGACACGAACCUCAUCGACUCUGAUCUCCAGUUCAUGCAAGAAGGGGAGGAAGACGUCAAAGUGGACGAAUCGCUGUUUCAAGAACUGGAGGACUUGGACCUGGAAGAACUCGAUGACGACGAAGUGAAAGCGUGACGAUAGGAGUGUGGCUAUUAACAAAAUGUUUUUUUUAUUAUACCAUUGUUCUUGUUUUCUCUGUAAGAAUAAACUUUUCUAGCAUGCACUAAACUUACAAAAAACACUGGCAUUUGGCAGCCCACGUAGGAUUUCUAGU